AUGGGCCUUGAGCUGAGCAGCGCCCGUAUCAACAUCUCAGAGGGCUCGUGUCCAGAGAGGAUCAUCACCAUCACAGGACCUACAGACUGUGUCUUCAGAGCCUUCACUAUGAUCACUCUCAAACUGGAAGAGGACCUCACAACUCUGGUAGCCAAUGGCACGGUCACCAGCAAGCCCCCCGUCACCCUACGAUUGGUCAUUCCUGCCAGCCAAUGCGGCUCUCUCAUCGGGAAGGGCGGCUCCAAGAUCAAGGAGAUCAGAGAGACCACGGGGGCACAAGUACAGGUAGCAGGAGACCUCCUUCCCAACUCUACUGAGAGAGGGGUGACGAUAUCCGGGACCCAAGACGCCAUCAUCCAGUGUGUCAAGCUCAUCUGCACUGUCAUUCUCGAGUCACCUCCGAAGGGGGCCACUGUUCCAUAUCGACCCAGCCCCUCAGGAACAGUCAUGAUCUCCGGGAACCAGGUGUUCGAAGCGUCUGAGUACGGGUCACACCCCCUCUUCCAAUUAGCCCAGGGAGGGAUGGAUCUACAACAAACUUACGCUGUACAGAACCAAUAUGGCAUUCCACAUUCAGAGUUGGCCAAGCUUCACCAGUUGUCUAUGCAGCAGCAAAGCCUGGCCGCCCAGAUGAACCAACAGCAGACCAACUCUGUCAUACCUGCAGGAAUGGACUCCAAUUCACAGACCACAUCACAGGAGUUACUCAUUCCAAAUGACCUCAUCGGCUCCAUCAUCGGGCGUCAGGGCACUAAGAUCAAUGAGAUCCGCCAGGUGUCAGGGGCUCAGAUAAAGAUUGGUAGCCAGCUGGACAGCACCAGUGAUAGAGCCGUCACCAUCACAGGGACCCCCAUCUCUAUCAACCUGGCCCAAUACCUCAUCACCUCCUGUUUAGAGACCGCCAAAUCCACCGCCCAGUCUUCCUCCAUGUCGACCCCUGCUGACCUCACCAUGGCCUACAGCCAACCGCCCUCCCCAGCCCAGUCUUCAGCUGUGGCUGCUGCCACCCUGGCUGCCAUGGGCUGCCCUGGCAUGUCCCACUCCCACCCCCACGCUGCAGUCCCCAUGAUGGGCACCCACCCCUAUGGGGCCCUCCCCCUCUCCAGCAUCCUUGGAAUGCAAUCCAUGAAAUCCAUCCAAUCUGUACCCUUCCUGGCUUUAUCCAACCCUGCCGCCAAUGCAGCCGCCGCCGCUGGGGCCCAUGCCCAGGCCCAGAUCUCCUAUACAGCGAAGAUCUCCUCGGCCAACGGGAUCGGGAAGAAACCGGACAGACAGAAGUUUGCGCCAUACUGAUGACGUCCGUCUCCAUCCCUCCAUCUCUCCAGCUCUCACUUCCGUCCCUGAGACAAGAAAGAAAGGGGGGAAGAAUGGAGGGAAGGUCUGGUUUUUUGUUGUUGUUAUAUUCCUCCAUUCUCUUCUCUCUUCUAGUUGUGUAGUACAUUCUAGAGACUUUAGCUCUUAUCUUCAAUACACUAGGAGGAACUUUGGAUUGGCUCGUAUAGAAAGCUAUAUUUAUGUUGUCAGGCCAAGGAAGCCUAU